CUCUCCAUCUUGACGCUGGCACGUGCUUCUUGUGACCAUCAUCUCCCAUUAGCCCACGGUCUGGGCAGAAACCAUGAACAGGGCUCUUUUUCUCCCCCACCCAAAACACACUCAGUCCUUUCACUGACCUGGCUUCUGAUUGGAGGCUGGUUGCUGCAGAUAAUGACCUCCAAGACCCCUCUGUGGGUUGCAGCCUGUUUGUUAAGACACCUGCAGUGGGGAGCAAGGAAAAGGAAAAGAGCAGUAUUUUCACAUCCCCAGGAACCAGAAGCACAGAAGACUGGGCCCAGGGCUGGCAGCUUCCCAUGUUCCUUUCCAGACAGUCUGCUCGCUAGGAUGAGGGAUCUUCUUCAGUAUGUUGCCUGCUUCUUUGCAUUUUUCUCCGCUGGGUUCUUGGUCGUGGCCACCUGGACAGACUGUUGGAUGGUGAAUGCAGAUGACUCCCUGGAGGUGAGCACAAAAUGUCGAGGCCUCUGGUGGGAGUGUGUCACAAACGCUUUUGAUGGAAUUCGCACCUGUGAUGAGUAUGAUUCUAUACUUGCUGAGCACUCCUUGAAGCUGGUGGUAACUCGGGCACUGAUGAUUACUGCAGAUAUUCUAGCUGGAUUUGGAUUUAUUACCCUGCUCCUUGGACUUGACUGCGUGAAAUUCCUCCCUGACGAGCCAUACAUCAAAGUCCGCCUCAGCUUUGUUGCUGGAACCACAUUACUAGUAGCAGGUGCUCCAGGAAUAAUUGGCUCUGUUUGGUAUGCUGUUGAUGUUUAUGUAGAACGUUCUUCUCUGGUUUUCCACAAUAUAUUUCUUGGCAUCCAAUAUAAAUUUGGUUGGUCCUGUUGGCUUGGAAUGGCUGGUUCUUUGGGUUGUAUUUUGGCUGGUGCUAUCCUCACAUGCUGCUUAUACCUCUUCAAAGAUGUUGGACCUGAGAGGAGCUAUCCUUAUUCCGCAAGGAAAGCCUAUUCAACCACAGCUGUUUCCAUGCCCCGGUCACACGCGACCCCUCGAACACAGACUGCCAAAAUGUAUGCUGUCGACACUAGGGUGUGAAUUGACAUGUAUCAGUCUGUGUAUAUGUUGUUUAACUAAUCAAGUGAGUUCAAAUUAACCAAAUAGCAGGCCUAUCCAGGAUCAGACAUCUAGGCCUCAAGUCCAGCUAAAUUAAUUGCUCAGCUUACUCAAAAAAUUAGAGUCUCCUAUUGCUUCUCCUCAAUUAUUACUUUCUUUCGCAUUCUUUUACCAUCUCUCUUUCUCUCUCUCUCUCUCUCACACACACACACUUCCCCUGUAUUUGAUGAUAAGGUUGCUGGGAUACAAAACGUUUGUUGUGAUUUCUAUAUUGCUACUAGAGAUAGUGACGUGGUGGUAUUAAAAUGAUAUGACUCUUUUUAAGAAUGGACAGAAACUUUCAAAGGAGGCCAGAGAUUCUAAUCUUUGAAGGGACUGACAAGCUCUUAGCUCUUUCCCUGGCUUUUGGCUCACUUUUUGUAUUCUCCACUGAGUGAGUUAUUUGAUAACUCUGAAGAAGAUGAUUUUUCCAAAUUCAAACCAGUUUAUCAAAGCUUACCAUUGCUCUGAUUCUGUUAAAAUAGAAAAAGAAAAGAACAGCUCCGUGUACCAGCCACUGGUGGGAGUUAAAGAUGAAAAGUGCCCUCUCUAUGCUCUAAAUGUCAAAAGCAAAUGCUGAAUUAAUACCAAAUUAAUAUCAGAGUCAGUGCUGCCUUUCUUCCUCAUUAGGAACAUAAGAGAUCUGUGUAUUAUUUUAUCACUGCUCCAAGUUUGCUUGUAUAUUGUCAAACAUUAAACCACAGCAGUUAACAGCUAAACCAGGGAGUUUGCUUAGUAUUGAUUGCUUGGGCAUCUAAACGCCUUUCAAGAAUGUGCCAUAUUAGAAUUCACUGGUUCAAGUGUCCUCUCACCACUGGAUUCUCAGUACCCAGCAAAAUAGCCAACAUAUGAUAAAAUGCAAUAAAUAUGUUUUCGCUUGAAAGCAAUAAAGGCUCACAAUUCUCUACUGAAAAAAAGUCAAUUUUCCUCACAAAAUGUGUGCUUUUUGAAAAAUAUAGAGUUAUAUACACAUUUAAAGAUAUCAAUGAAAGAUUGCUCAUGGAUUUUACUCAUAUACAUAAUAUAACCAUUCUUCAAUUUUUAAACUGAAGAGUUUUUUUAAAGCUACAAAAUUUUAACCUUAGUUUUUCUGCUUCCUUGAAAGUCACAUGAAUAGCAUUAAUAGUCAUGCAGUACCUUAACAGAUUAUAAAACCAAAAUACUCUGGAAAAUGGGAAUACAGUUGUGAAUUUCUGAAGCCCUCAAAAGAAGUGUUUCCAAUUUAAAAAGCUAGAUAAUGUAAAAAUGAGAUAAUAACAUCUUGCUCAUAUAUCCUUGAAAAUGAUGUUCAUACUUCACAAGCAUCUCUUUACCAAUAUCUCAGGAGAACUACUAAUCUAAUCUUAGAAUUAAGAGUGAUUGAUUCACUUUUAUUUCAUGGAUAUUAUUGACUGUUUAAUUGACAUUUAGCAAAAUUAAUUAUUAUAUUUAUUAAUUAUAUGGAUUUUAUUCUAAGCAUUUUAAAAUUUAUUCUGUGUUCUUUUUACUCAACAUUGGCAUUUAAACUUUUUAUUCCCACAUUUAUUUUAUGAUUUAUUUUCUGUCAUGUUUUGUAUAUUCUAUUAAGUCUCUUGAAAUAUUUCUGGGAAAAGGCAGCGUAAAAUUAAUUAUGAUUAGUUAAAUUUUAGAGAUACAAAAUUUUCCCUCCUGAAAGUUUUUGUUUCUAGGAGGAAAUAUUUCAGAAGAUUAUGGAGAUAAUUAAAAUCUAUGACUGUUUUGAAUUUUUUUCUCAAUAAAACCAUUUUUGCAUAUCCAAGGAAAAAUAUUAGUAACUUUUUGAAAAUUCCCUUGGGAAUCUUUAUUCCUAAUCCAUAGUAAUUCAAUGAAGCAUCCCCAAAUAAAGCAGCUAGUGAACAGCAAAGCAAAUGUCCAAUUGUGAAGAAGCAACAAUUAACACAGUGAUAGAUCAACAUGCUUGGAAAGAAAAAAUAAUAUAAGCCCAAAAUAUAUACACAUCUGGUUAUUAGAUUGAAAUAUUAAAAUAGCCCACUCAAUCUGUGUACUAUAAUUUAAUUAUGUCCUGUUAAUUGUGAUAAGAAAAAAUAAAAAGUAAUAAAAUGGAAAAAUAAAAAAUUUAUAAGCAAAAAAGAUUUAAUAAAAAUUUAUAAAUUUAUACAAUUUAUAAAAUCUUUAAUAUCACAUUUUAAACUGGAAUUAGCCUUUUGUUAUU